UGGUACUGCCAUCUUUGCUAAUUGCUACUCCACAACAAAUGUUCUUGCCUAAACCGAGUGGGUGUGGUGACUUUAUAUAAAGGCAGCGGACUUUAUCUAGAGACAGCCAACAGCACCUGUCCAUGUACACACACACACCAUCUAAGUGUGAGCGCCUUUUACCCUUCAUUUUUCACAUCCAACCGAACCAUGGCAACUGGUGGCACAGCUGAGAUUCUGGAGAAGAUCGGCGAGCGUCAUCUAGAAUGCUCAAUCUGCUACAAACGCUUUACUGAUCCCAAAAUUCUGAACUGCAUACACAGUUUUUGCUUGACAUGUCUCAAAUACUUGAGAGAGAGCCAAGAUCCACUUGCUGUGAAAAUCCAAUGUCCCUUGUGCAGACGUGACACUGAACUGGGAAGAAAUGGAGUAGAAGAUCUGCCAACCAACUUCACACUGAGUGCCCUAGUGGAGGAGUUUGCAAUACAGGAACAGCUUUUACAGGGUCAAGGGUCAGAGAUCAAAUGUCAAUGCUGUGAGGGGAAAUCUCAGGCAGUUUCAUUUUGCAUGGACUGUGCUCAUUUUCUGUGCAAAGACUGCCAAAACGUACAUGAAUCCCUGGCACGGACAAAAUCUCACCAAACCUACAUGAUAGCUCUACUUCAAUCAGGAGAGAUUGCCUACAAGAGCAAACUAAGAGAAGAUCCAAAAUGUGUACAACAUCCUUAUCAGAAUCUGAACAUUUAUUGCAACACAUGUCAGCAGUUGAUUUGCACAACUUGCUCUGUUCUGAAACAUGAAAAGCAUUCUUGUGUUGAUAUAUCUGAGUCUUUUGAUAAAUGCAAACAAGAAAUUGAAGGACUGUUGGCAGAUGCAGUGAAGAAAAAAACAGAACUGAAGAAAACCAAGAAAAACAUAUCCAAGGCUCACAAGAAGCUAGACACCAUGUUUGAAGCCACUAACAAGAAGAUCUCCCAAAAGGCUGACAAGGAGGUUGCUAGGAUCAGGGAGAUGGAGCAGAAACUGAAGCAAGAGGCCAAGGAAAUCUAUCAAGACAGAGUCAAGACACUGCAGACUGCUGAAGACACCAACAAUACACAGCUGAAUGUAGCAGAGCUGACACUGGAUGAGAUGAACCAGCUCCUAGCUCAAGAAAUUAAGGCAGAGAUUUUAGACCUCAAGCAAAAACUCGUUCAAUAUCUCCAAGGAAUAUUAAAAGAGGAGCCAAUAUAUUUGCCCGAGAAGUUACACUUCAUUGACUUUCAUGAAGGGGAUGCUAACUCACUUGGACAACUGGUCCUUGAAGACACGUGGAUACUAGCGACAGAACUGGACUGUGGCAAUUCCAGAAUCAACUCUGUCGCAUCUUUCUCAGACAAUGACAUAGUUACAAUAAAUGGUAGAUACAUGCACAAACACCUGCUGGCGUACGUACCUACAAAUAAUCCUAAAGUCCCCUUUGUCUCACACAAACUACCAGGAAAACUUUUUGAUGUAAAACAUCCCCACAAGGUUGCAGUGAACAGUGUAGACCACCUCAUUGUCCUAGAUGGUCCUGCAGUCAAGACCUUCAGCAGAGAAUAUCAACUCCUCCAUCAGUUCCAGCCAGGAACUGAUUUGUACAUUGAACCAACCUGCCUGGCAGUGGAUGAGGACAAUCUGAUAGCUGUGGGCUUCAAGGCCAGGGAAGAGAUCAGCCUCCACAACUCAGACGGGACACUUAUCAGGAAACUACCAGCACCAAUGAUUGGAGAUCAGCUCGCAGUCAGCAACAAACGGCUUGUGUAUGUUAACAACACAGAGAGCAGACUGAUAUGCAAAGAUUACAACGGCGAAGAUUUGUUCUACGAGGAAAUACGUCACCCUAGGACAGUUUGCUGUGACAUUCAUGGCAACAUCUACGUUGCUACGGGUGAACACUCCUUGAUGAAUAGGUCGCAGACAGGAGAUAUUUAUCAAUUGAAUCCAGAGGGUAAAAACAUGAAAUGUGUAAAGACGAAAUGUAAUCUUUGUCCAGUUACCAUGGCAACCACACCUGCAGGCAAUCUGGUGGUUGGUGGUACCAGCAAACUGCAUAUUUAUCGUCGUAUCUGAAAACCGAGUCUGACUCGCAGUUCAAAAACAAAGGAAAAACAAGAAGAAAAAGACGGAACUGUGUGCCUAUGGCCUAGCUGCGAGAGGAAAAAUACAAUGUGCAUGUAUCUACCUGUUAUUUUCCUUGCUACAUGUAUAAGUACACCAAGGAGCAAAUUCACUGACUCAUUGUCCAUACACCUACAUGUACUGUAUGCCUUGUAUUGAAUGAAUGUACUGUAUAUGUACACUGCUUAAACUUUGACAUCCACUCUGAACUUUGACAUUCAUGUAUUACACUGUAUGUACAUGUAUCUGGGACUUGGUUAGGGAUGCGGGGAAGGGGGCAAUGGCACAAAAUGGUUAAAAAGUCUGAAUUUUAAAAAAUUGUUUUGAUUUGGUUUAAAUGUUUUUAUUUAUGAAAUGAUUAUAAAAAACAAUGGAAAGCCAAUGUUAAAAUUAUAAGUCUUUUAAACCAUCCAAGAAUUGGUAACAGAAGAAUGCCUGUACAGCACAUGGCUACCAUUGGUAUAAGACCGUAAUCCUUUUGUAUAGAGUACCAAACUGUGACGUCACUGUGAACCAAAAGGUGCAGUGCAAAUGAAUGGAGUACGCGCGUGUUGGUUCACGCGCUGGUUCUUGCGCUAAUACCUUUUACACACUAAUUGUGGGCAUGACGUAUUCACUUCGGUACUCUAUUACUCCUGCCAGUAAAUCAUAAUGUGUAUGUUGCUGUGCAAAAAGCGGCUACACACAUUAGAUGCAUAAUACGGGCGAUUCACAACAGUGUGCCUCCAAGAGUUUGCAGCGCAUUAGCCAGGUGCACUAUUGUGAA